AUGUCGUUGCUUUGUUGUGAUCCACCGGAGGGGCAAUGGUUAGAUGUAUACGGCGACCCGGUACGGCCGCGACGUUCUGGUUUUGAGUGCCCGUUAGAUUUAUUGCAGAUUGUGGCAUGGUCCUUUAUUAUAUUGCUGGCCAUCCUGCACUACACCCUGCAUGUGCCGUUUUUGGAGAAUACGUUGAUGAUUGUUGUCUCAAUAAUCUCUGGGGUGCUUUUCACGGUCACAAUCGCGUUGAAGGUCUCGCUAUCCCUUAGCCACAUUGAGGAUCCUGUUAUAUUUCGCACGGAUUUACCGCGGCUGGAGCAGACAGGACUAACGCAAGAGGCCGCGCCACCUGGCACGGAGCCGUGCGUCUUCUGCCGUCGUUUUGUGCAGGCCGGCAGCAAACACUGCGGGGUUUGUGACAAGUGUGUCCCCGGAUUUGAUCAUCAUUGCCGCUGGUUAAAUUCAUGUGUAGGUGCAGAAAACUACAAGGCCUUUUGUGCUUUCAUGGGAUCGGCGUGGUGUGGCAUGGCCUUCAUUUUGGCGAUUGGGUUGUACAUCAUUGUGGAUGCCAUUUUGGCGAGGGAGAAGUACGAGGAUCUCCUGGAGCACCGCUAUAAAAGUAGCAACUACGCAGUCUUCUUGUUGUUUCUCUUUAUUACCGUAGCGUUGUGCACAGUGGGAAUGUGCGUUCUCGGACAUCUCAUAGUCUUUCACUUGUAUCUCUGCUGCACUCACCGGACAACGUAUCAGCACAUGGUAGAAAAGCGUGAGAAAAAACGCGAAAGACGACGCUUAAGGGGCCUACAGGAGCAAAUGCAGGAGGCGAAUGGUGGCGAAGGCUACGGCCUCUGCGCGUGUCUCUCCAUCCGUAAACGUCGAGAUUUCCGCAAGUACAAGCGAAGACGAAUGGAGAAUAGCAACACUCCUCAAAUCAACGACAACUGUAGUGCACCACCAUUUCCCGCGGACCCCACGUGGCCAUCCGCCCAUGGCCCCCAGGAACCUUAUCCAAGUGAUGCACAUGAAAUGGCACCCAUUUCACCCAAAUAUGACUGA